GGGAAGAGGGCUGAGGCGGCAUUUCCGCUUCCGGUCUGAGGUUUGAGGAGCGCGGGGCAGCCACGAUGCUGAUCAAAGUGAAGACCCUGACAGGGAAAGAGAUCGAAAUCGACAUCGAACCCACGGACAAGGUGGAGCGGAUCAAGGAACGGGUGGAGGAGAAAGAGGGGAUCCCCCCCCAGCAGCAGCGCCUGAUCUACAGCGGCAAACAGAUGAACGACGAGAAGACGGCGGCCGACUACAAGAUCCAGGGCGGCUCCGUCCUCCACCUCGUCCUGGCGCUUCGCGGGGGGUUCGCGGCCGCCCGGCCACCCUCAGGCUCCGCGAGGCGCUCAAGGACCCCGAAACCCCAUCCCGGCUCGCGGUGCUGCUCCGCCAGGCCUCCCAACCCCAGGUGCGUCAGAUGGCGGCCGUGGUGCUGCGGAGGCGCCUUUUGGGGCGAUGGAGGGGGACGGACCCCGAGCUGAGGGCCAGACUCCCAUCCCUGCUGGCCGAAGCCCUGGAUGCCGAGACUGAGCACCCAGUAACGGUGGCACUGGCCCAACUGGGAGCACUGGUUUUGCGCCGGGGCGGGGAAGGAGCUUGGGGACCCCUCGGGACUUGGGUGACG